AUGGCCACAGCUGUUAGACCACUAAAUCAACAGGAGCAAAGAGAUAAUAAAAUGAGGAACAUUAGAUUCUGUGUUUUAACUUGGGCACAGUCUAACCUGAUUUUUCUCCUCUUCUCUACUUACUUUGACCGGGAUGAUGUUGCCCUGCGUCAAUUUGCUGAGUUCUUCAUGGAGCAGUCCCAUGAGGAAUGGGAACACGCUGAGAAACUGAUGGCAUUCCAGAAUAAACGUGGAGGCCGAGUCCUCCUGCAGGAUAUCCAGAUUAGAUUCAGGGAUGAGUGGGGCAGUGGUCUGGAGGCAAUGCAGAGAGCUCUGCAGAUGGAGAAGGAUGUGAACCAGAGUCUGCUGGAUCUACACAAACUCACCUCUUACCACAUCAACCCUCAUCUGUGUGACUUCCUGGAGAGGCACUACUUGGAUGAGCAAGUGAAGAUGAUCAAGAAGCUGGGAGAUCACAUCACCAACCUGAAGAGACUGGGAGCCCCUGACAAUGGCAUGGGAGAGUACCUGUUUGACAGGCUCACCCUAAGCCCAGUGGGUUUUGUCCAUUUCAUGCCUGAAAUGGACAACUUGUAUGAAUGA